GACGACGACAGUUCACAUUGACAUGUUUUUAAUUUUUGUUUUAAUAAAAAAUGGGAUUUAAAAGAGAGUUCGUUGUGUUAUAAAUAAUUAUUAAACAGAUCAAGGCUAUUAUUAUUGUUGACAGUGUGAUUUGUGAUAUUCGAAAAGAAAGGUAUUAAUUUUCCAAUUUGAUCGAUAUCGAUGUUGAAUCAAGAAGUUAGUGGAUAAAAAUGGCGACAAAACUCGUUGAUGUUGCGCAGGGUCGUUGAUUCCUCAUUGCGUCAUCGUAAUCCAGAAAAGACGAUGGAAUGGACGGAUCGAGUCCACUCUACCAUCGGUAUGGGGAUCAAAGUAUAUCAUCAAGUCGUGAUGGAAGUCAUCAUUCGCAGAAAUUGGCACUUUUUCGACCGAAUCCAGACACCGUAGAUCUUGGUUAUCAUACACUUGACAAUAAUGUUUGUCGAUUAUCAUCAUCGCCAUCGGUUGCAUUACCAGUAAGAAAACAAUUAUUCCAACAGAGACAUCUUUAUGUUUUUGGAUUAUGCGAUUUGGAUGAUACUUUAUUGUUGAAAAUAUUCAGUUGGUUAUCGACACGUGAACGUUGUUCACUUGCACAAACAUGCCGACGUCUUUGGGAAAUAGCGUGGCAUCCAUCAUUAUGGAAAGAGGUGGAAAUUCGUCAUCCACAAAAUGCAACAAUUGCAUUGAAUACAUUGGCAAGACGUGGUUUGUAUACAUCGAUACGUCGACUUGUUUUGGAUGGUGCAACGGGUAUUUAUGGAAUUUUUAAUUCACUUCCAUUUAGUAGUUUAACAUCGUUAUCAUUGCGACAUUCAAAACGUGUCACUGAUUUAAAUGUUACGACAAUUCUUGAUAAUUGUAUUCAUUUAAAAGAAUUGGAUAUGACUGAUUGUUCUCGUAUAACGAAAGUUUGUACGAGAGUUGCUGUUUUACAAUUACAGACAAUUGAUUUGAGCGAUUGUCAUGAGAUUGAUGAUUCUGGAUUGGUGUCGAGUCUUGCACGAAUGCCACAUCUCAAUUGUUUAUAUCUUCGUCGAUGUUUUCGUAUUACGGACACGAGUUUAAUUGCAAUUGCCUCUUAUUGCAGUGGUAUGAGACAAUUGUCUGUAUCUGAUUGUACGAGAAUUACGGAUUUUGGUGUUAGAGAAUUGGCUGCGUGUUUGGGACCAUCUUUACGUUAUUUCUCUGUUGGCAAAUGUGAUCAAGUAUCAGAUGCGGGACUAUUGGUUGUUGCUCGACAUUGUUAUAAGCUGAGAUAUUUAAAUGCACGUGGUUGUGAGGCAUUAAGCGAUAGUGCAACUGUUGCAUUGGCACGUGGAUGUCCAAGAAUUCGUGCAUUGGAUUUAGGAAAAUGUGACAUUGGUGAUGCAACACUCGAAGCAUUGUCAACUGGAUGUCCAAAUUUAAAGAAACUUUCGCUAUGUGGAUGCGAACGAAUCACGGAUUCGGGCCUCGAGGCACUUGCUUAUUAUGUUCGUGGUCUUCAACAACUUAAUAUUGGCGAAUGCCCACGAGUCACGUGGGUUGGUUAUCGAGCAGUGAAACAAUAUUGUCGACGAUGUGUUAUCGAACACACGAAUCCUGGUUUUUCCAGUUGAUGAGAAUCGAAAUAUUCAUUUUUUUUAUUUAUUUUUUUUUUAUUUAUUAAACCAGUGUUGGGUAGUCAGUUGUUGUAACUUCGUUAUUAAAAUAAUUGUUUUAGAAAAAAAUUAUGUUUAGUGAAUGGAACAAAAAGUUGUUAAAGUUUUUCAAAAAAAAGAAAUAUAUUGUUGUGUUUCCAUUAUAAUAUUAAGAAAAAUAAUUUUUUAAAAAUUGUUUUCUCAAAAAUUAUAUAGAAAUUCUAUUACAUAUACGUAUGUAUUGAAAUAUUUUAGUUAAAAAAUUACAAUUUUAAUUAUUAAACAUUUUUUUUAUUAAUUUUAUAUUUUAACUUGUAAGGUAAUUGAUGUUACUUUUUUUUAUAAAAAAUUUAUAUUAAUGUUUAAAAAUCAACAAUUGUAACGAGUUACUGAAAUAUCAACAACUGUAACGAUUUUUAUAAAAAAUAUUGCGAAGCUAUGUUAAAACAUUAACAAAGUUACUUAAAAAAUAGUAACUGACCCAACACUGAUAUUAACAAAUUAAAUGCUUAUUAAAUGCAAGUACAGGAUGAUUUUCUGAAACAAAUUUUGUUUUCUAAAAAAACUAUUAAAUUAAAAAUUUUUAUUUCUAAUUCUUCAAGAAAUGCAUUGUAAAAAUGGAAAAAUAAUGAUGAAUUAUAUUGUUUAUUAUAAUAAUGUAAAAAUUAAGUAUUUGGAGCAUCAUCCUGUGCAAAAAUAAAUAGAUUCAAUUGGCUGUAAAUUUACGUGCCUCCAUGGGAAUUUAUAUUAUUUAUUGUUUUUUUUUUUUUUUAAUAAUGUAAUUGAUUUAAUUUCGUAAAAUAUUACAUAUAUUUACCGGUGAUAAUGUUUAAAUUAAGAAAGUUUUACUACUCGAUUGUUUUUAUACUUUAAUAAAUAAAAUUAAUUGGAAA